AUGUUGUGGAAACUAGCAGAAGGUGUUGGUUUGGAAGAUCUUGUGCCAAUACCAAAAGCACAGCCGGUAUGUAGUUGGGAAAUUUCUUUGUGUACUGUAGUCUCGCUGCUUGACAACGAAGUACUAGAUUGAGUUUUACUCUACGAUUUCCAGCAGUUAGGGAAAUAUUUUAGAUUCAAGAUUCUUUAAUUUAAAAAAGAAGGUUGUUAAUCAGCUAGCAAUAGGAAAAACAACGUGUUUCUGAAGCAAUAACUUGGGUAAAGGAAUAUUAGUGCCUGUUCCUCUUUUUGAUGUGAAGUUCAGUCUUUCUUGGUAAAUAUAGAUUGUUUAAAGAUGAAUGAGCAAACAACAGAACUCCAUAAGAUAAACAUUUCACUCAGUCGAGACAAAAAAAUGUUUUUGGUAACCUAUUUUUAAACUGAAGCAAAUGUUUUGAGAGUAAUUAGUCUCGUUGUGAUUGUUUAUUUGACUUUGGCCUCGAAGUUUGAAUUCUUUAAAAAAGUUUCAUUUAGAAGUUAUUGCUAGCUGCUUUAGUGUAAAACCCAGGAAACUGAACGAUUUCUCGUGAAUUAAGCCUAUAUACACCAGACUUUAAAAGAAAAAGGUAUCCGGUUGAAUCUCUAAAGUUUUACCAGGAUCUUUUUGGUAACAAGUAGACCUUAGUUGCGUUUAACACAGGUUCUUAAAGUUAAGUGAACGACAUUUAUCUGAUCUUCUUCUCGUUAUUCGCGCCGAAUCCUUACAAUCAGGGAUGAUGAUAAACCCGAAUGAAAUGUUGAAACGUCACAGCGCGGCUGCACGAAGUUAUUACCAAUGUACGCUUUUAAGGCUGUGUUUUCAGUGAACGCAAGAAAAGAACAGCAUUGAGUAAUUUUCUGCACCGGUUCACUUAAUUGUGUUUUCACGGAGUCGUUGAGCAAACGCAGUUUACUUCAGUGUUCGCUUGCAAUGUUUGGGACCGUAUGAAGCUAACAAAUGUUUUGCUUAUAUAAUAAUGUGACAACUUAGUUGUUUAAUCAAAUAGGGGAGAAUGAAAGCUUGACUCCUCAAAAAGUGAAACAUUAUUUGCACAAUAGCUUCCGCUGCAAAUAAAGCCCUCUUUGACGUAUUUUUCGGAUGCAAAUUUUAGUUUUAAUCUUACCACAGUAGCCCCAAUCUCUUGGGAAGGCACUUUUCGAUUAAGAAGAUUCCGCAAUUAUCUUUCUCUUAAAAUUGCUGAAUCUUUUGUGCAAUAAGUCUCUUGAGGAUAAUUUGGUCGCUUAAAUGACUGCGCGCUUUGUUUAUUUUCAUUUGCCUCUCAAAGUGUUUGUAAACAAUGUAAUACAAAGCUUCGAACAUAGCUUGUAUCUGCACACUGAAUGUAAACCGGCUCUAAAGCUUUGCGUUUCAACUUUCAGCUUCUUUCGGCGGUAAAUUAAUUAAAUUUUCCUAAUCAAGAUUUUGCUAGUUUAUCACGGAUCAGAGCUCUCUUUGCUCCACUGCGAACACUCAGCUAAGUAAAUGAAACAGUCGUUUAAAUUUGAAAUGCUUUCAAAGUCAGAGAGAGCUUGUAAAUAAUAGUCGACCACGUGUUUCAUCACACAUAGUAAUUCCAUUUCAAAUAUUCGUGAUGGGUUGACUUUUUUGACACAAAAAGGGUCGGAUAGUCGUCCAGCACAGACAUGACACGUUUGAAGGAUAAGGGACAACAAAUUACAAACCCUUGCGCUUUUCCAAUGAAUCUACGUUUUAAGGGAUACGACGAGGACAAAAAAAGAGCAUAGAACGCUUAGGAAGAAGUUAGACUUGAGAUAACGAGAAACACAUGGCGGAUGACAAACCAAAACCCUUAGGAGGUAUCGUUGCCGAUCUCUUUUGCAGAGUGAACGACUUAUUCCUUGUGUACCAGUCCCUCCUUGAAAACACAGAGAGGGACAGGACUGUUUCUCUGCAGAUGAGGCCUGCUUCAUAUGUAAAAAGCAACCUUUUUAUUCAAUGCAUAUCAUUAUAUCAUUUUGUUUUCAGGGCCGACAUUUUACUACCGGUCAUCGCAUAUUGGGCAGCAUGACUCCUGCUCUCGAUGCCAAAUACGCGCAAAUGACAUAUGGAGAGCACUAUAGAAAGGUAAGUCACGUACAAUUUGCCUUCCUUAAUUAGUGAGCAUUCCUAGGUUUUACGUGCGAGUCCUCAUGCGUGCAUGCGCACAGCUGCUAUAAAUGUAUUAAUGCAAAGUCUGACACCGUACUAGUGCCUAGCUUGCACGCAGGUUUGAAUCUCUGAGGAGCCUCAUGCACUUGCUCUGUGAUUGGUCCUAAGAAGUCAUCCCUUCUUCUCAAGUAAUCAUAUACUCAGAAAGAAACUAUUCGCGACGUGGUCACUCGCGUUUUUCCCGCGCUUGAGUUCAGCCACUUGUGUUCUCUUUGAGAGAUUUAGCCUUUUGUUACAUAAAACCUUAUUUUUUUGGACGUGAUAGUACUUUGAACACUCAGGUAACCAUUUGAACACAAGUUUUUGAUGAUUUUUCCAUAUGAAAAUGAAACGAAAGAAAAAGAGCUGCAACGGAGGAAAUCUCAUGUCUACCUUGAAAUUUCUAGUUAAAGGGGCAAAAAGCAACAACACUAAUCUGUCUUAAGAGAGGUUUUCUCCGUCGUUUGGUCCAGUAUUUGAGUGUAUCGCUAAUAAAAUGAGGGUUAGCGUUCCUUUAAGCUCUAAAAAAUCAUUUUUUAUUUUGUUAUUCUCAGAAAGUUGAAGCUGCUUUGAAGAGUGAGCGCCAGCGAUGCGCUGACGUUUUGAUCGAGCAGAAGAAAAAAGCUUCUGCGCAGAAGAAGUUAACACCGACAAUGAAAACACCAGUCUCCUCUCGAUUUGGAACAAGACCUCGGCCUCGAUAUGAUUUAAACGAAUUACGUCAUCAUCAGAGGAGAUGCGCAGCUUUGCUUUUCAGAGCAAGGGAACAAGGGGCCCAUAAAUUACCAGUUUUGGUAUGUUAACCUACGGGAAUUUAGUGUUAUUUUUCAGUCUUUGAAUCGCACUGCAUUUUCAUCCAUGUAUAUCACGACAGCCCCACCUUAAGGGGGGAGAGAGAGAGAGAGAGAGAGAGAGAGAGAGAGAGAGAGAGAGAGAAAAAAAAAAAAAUGUGUAGGAAACUACUUACCCUCCCCUCCUACUCCCUCAUUCUCCCGAUUAGUGUCCUUCGCAGCCCUUGUCUGGUCUCGUCAUGCAACGGGUUCUCUUCCCACCACGCCUAGAACGCGCUGCGUGAUGGGACCAAACGACUGCAGUGCAUGAGACCAGUGUGUGUCUGAUUGAAUAUGAACACGUGUUGUUCAUUUACAGGUCCAAUGGGCUCCCAAGCGACGUGAAAGUUAUUAUCUAAUGAGCGAACGGGUUUACAAUGAUCGUGUUUUGAUGAAGAUGAGGGCAGACGCGGGAGACAGCCCCCUUAACUUUGACUUCGCAAACACCGACGGUGAAACAGACAAUCUACAUGACUUCCAAAAAUUAAUAGAUAAAACUUCCAAGGACAUUAAGGGUAUGAGCUUUGAUACGAAGUUCCAAGAUUACGAUUAUGACUUCGGUGAAAAUGAAGAGGGAAAUAAACAAAUGACAACAAAAAAUGAAAAUGAACAAGAAAAUGAAAGAGGUAACGGAGGGAAAAGUCGGCGUAAGGUGGUGUUCAGUGAUCACGUGACGGAGUCCGACACCGACGCUAUCGACGCCAAGUCCCUCGCGCGCUCUAAGCGACGGGAACGGACACGAUUAAACAAGGGAUUGGACCCAAGUGAUAUCGACCUGAGUUUUGAUUCUGGAGAUGAGGUCUCGGAUGGAGAGUUCGACUCAGCAGGCGAUCAAGGCGCAGAUUCAACUGGCCUAAGACUAAGAGAUUCCAAAAAGUCAAGUCGUUCUAGGAAGUCUCAUAGAGGGUUGUCUAGUCCGGAUCUAUUAUCUCUUUUACAGGGAAACUCAGGCGACGACUACAGCAGCGAUUUUAUGUCUGACGACGAUUUAGAUGUAAAACAGUCUGGUGACGAGGGUGGAAUAGAGCUGACGGAAAAUGGGAACGAGGACCCAUCUGGAAAAAGGCUCCACAGAAAUAAACAUUGUAAACAUGCACUGAAACAAAAAGCACAAGAUUACUACAAUAAAUUACCCAAACUACUCAAAACAGCGGAGCUAAGGGCUAAGCUUCCAGUGAAAUCGAGAGAAACAAAAAUGAACAAAAUUGGCAGCGAAGUUGACCACACAUGCAUGGAGCAGCACAAGACGGCUUAUGACAGGGCCCUGGCCCUAGCUAGGUUUAGGUCUCUUCCAUUUAGUUACUCAUUUUUGUCCCGUGAAAUUAACAGAAUGCACUCGUUUUCGUAUUUUUCUGGCCUCCCUGGAAGCGAAAAACCACCGGAAGAUGAAGAACAGGGUGAUAAUAAGUUGCCGAAGAAGAAACAGGCGCAACCCUACCGAGGCGGAAGAGAGGCAAUUUUUGGUGAUAUAGAUAUGGACGAUUUUUACAACCAAGAAGAUGAACUCGUUUAUUAUGUUAAAUCCGAAGAGUUGAAGAAUGUCGUUGCAUCCACAACAACUGGCGAUGAGAGUAGUAGAGUUGAAGAUGAUAUUUCGUCUCGGUCAGGAACUACUUACACCUCGCGUUCUAACACUGUCAAACCUUACUCCACUCUGGAGUCAGAGAAUGAAUUGUGA